GGGGGUUAGAAUUAAAUCUUGGUCUUGGUUGUAUAUUACCGAAGUCAAAUUUGCAACAUGGAAAAGUCAAAAUUUUACUUUGCAGCGAGUAUUCGAGGAGGCAGAGAUGAUGUGGAAUUAUAUCGUGAAUUGAUCAGUUACAUGCAAACUUUUGGCAAAGUUUUGACUGAACAUAUUGGGUAUGAAAGCCUGGUGGAUUCAGGAGAAAGAAACAAAAAUGAUAAAUUCAUUCAUGACAGAGACAUGGCAUGGUUGGACGAAAGUGAUGCUAUGAUUGCCGAAGUGACGCAACCAUCUCUGGGUGUCGGGUAUGAAAUUGGCAGAGCACUUGAACAAGAAAAAAAGAUUUUGUGCCUGUUCAGACCUGAUUCAGGAAAAGUUCUAUCGGCCAUGAUUCGUGGAGCAGAGGAUGGGAAACAAAUGGUUGUCAAAGACUAUCAAGGUGAUGAGGCAAAGAAAAUAAUUAAAGAUUUUCUAACAGCAAACAACUUAAUAUGAGCUAAAUGCUCAGACAUGCAUACACUGUAACUAAAGUUGACCAUUGGUGCAGGGGACCAAACUUUAGGGGAUGAGGGGGGUGGUUGGUGAAGUGGACACUGUCCAAAGAUGACAUUGAAAACCUAUUUCACGUUUCUAAUCAAGGGCAGAACUAACCCUUAGCCUGAUUAAAAUCGUUUUGCUGAUAUGCAAGAGAAUGUUUAAUGUCCGUACACUGAGAAGAAUCAUUUUAUUUGCAUCAUAUGAACUGUCGAAUCAUUGUGUAUAACACUCUAAAUCAAUUUAACAAGUGACUUAGUGCUGUUCACCUGUUUACCUCACUGAAUAUAAUCAACGACAACGUUAAAAAUUGAACCGCGAGAAAAUAGUUGAGCCGACAAACAAUAAAAGACUCCCAGGAUUUUCUUCAAAGGACGUACCAUUUCUCGGCUAAAAACAAAAUUUAAAAUUGUACCAAUUGUUGUUUCCAAUGUUAGACAAACGUUAAUAAUCAUUUCCCACUCAAAAAGUCAAGUUAAUGCUAAACCUAGACCAUAGUUAUCUUAUAAACCUUUUUAAUUGAUUGCGUUUUCAGCCAGUUUAUAAUAGGUUUUAAUGCCAAACGAAGUUUUGUCGACCUUUCAAGAUUAUCUCAUUAAGUAAAAAUACCGAUUGUCUGAAUAGUCGCGUUUUUUUAACAUGUUUCGUACUGUCACUUUACAUAUAAUUUUCAAAGAGUCUAACUUAUUG